GGCCGUGUCGUCUGUGCUCCCUCUCUAGCUAGUCUCCGAUGGGCGACUCCGAAGCCUCACCGAUCGCUCCCUACCCCUCCGAUGGUCGGCCCUCCUUGACGCAACUGGCCAGUUCGGAGACACUUGCAGCCGGCGCGCCGCCGGAAUACCCGCGGCGGCCCGUCGAGCCCGACUGCUCCUACUACGUCAAGUUUGGGAGCUGCGGGUACGGGACGAGCUGCUGGUUCAAUCACCCUCCCAAGCCCGCCGGCUCCAGCAGGUGCGGCGAGAUCAAGCCGGAGUACCCGCGGCGGCCCGGGGAGCCCGACUGCUCCUACUACGUCAAGUUCGGGAGCUGCGGGUACGGGAUGAGCUGCAUGUUCAAUCACCCUCCCGAGACCUACAGGCUGGCCGCCAAUGCGGCUGGAGGUAGCAGCAGCAGAAGCGGCUGCGAAGCAUCUUCGUCGGAGCAGUACAAACAGUAUUCUUCGAGGAAAGCUUGCAAAUACAACCCCCAUGGAGGACAAACCGAAGUUGAACAAGUGAAGCUAAACCUCCUUGGACUUCCACUUCGUCCAGGUAUAGGACUAUGUUCAUACUAUAUGCAUCGAGGAAUAUGCAAAUUUGGCAUCAAUUGCAAGUUUCACCACCCAGAUCGAGAAUCAGAACAUGCGAGUUGGAAUGCUUCGUGGCAGGUUAUUCAAGGAUCAUCUCAACUGAACUUUUCAUCAGAGCUUGUCCAACGAGCACUAAAUGGGCAAUCUGUUCCCAUAGCUACAUCACCAACUAAUGGAACAUUAGAAAUUAUUCCAACUCAAGGAGACUAUCUGUGUGCAAAAUGGAGUGGAUACCAGCAUCGAGAUUCAUGUUUCGAGACUGCUAAGCGAGUCCAGUACACACGGGAUCAACUUCUUGAACUGCGUGAGGUACAAACUCAGUCAUGUAAUCGCUAUGAUAGGACUGACAGCUGUGUCUGGCGUUCACGGUCUUCACAAAUUCCUGUGGUUGCUAGUGAAGAGAAAUCUUGGGACAACAUCUAUGAAGCGCAAGAAUCCUAUGCUCCAAGUGGCAAGCAAGAGCAAUUAAAUAAGCAUGACCAAUUAAACUUUCAGCUUGAUUCUAACGCUCAGGUUUACAUCCCUUGGUCAAUCCAAAGAGGCAAUCUCUCUGACAGAGAUGGAGUUCUUAUGGCGGUGAAAGGUACACUGGACAAAUUGACACCAGAGAAGUUUGAUCUUGUAAAGGACAGGUUAAUAGAAGCAGGAAUCACUAGAGAUGAUAUUUUGGAGGAUGUUAUUACUGUUAUGUUUGAGAAGGCUGUUUCUGAGCCCACCUUCUGUCCGACGUAUGCUCAACUUUGUUCUUAUCUCAAUAAGAAGCUCCCAUCAUCCCCUCCAGAAGAACCUGAUGGUAAAGAGAUUGCGUUCGCAAGUGUACUGCUCAGUAAUUGUCAUGAAGUAUUUAAAGGUGCUGGCAAUCUAUGUGCCGAGAUUGAUAGAAUGACUGGUCCAGACCAAGAGAUGGAGACACAGAAUAAACAAAUAAUGCUAAUGAAGCUGCGAACACUUGGAAACAUUCGCCUUAUUGGUGAGCUCCUCAAGCAAAAAAUUGUCAUAGAGAGGAUUGUACAGCACACGGUUCAGAUGGAUGAAAACAUGCAAGGAAAACCAGAUUGGGAUACUUUUGCUACUAAAGUUUUUUGUGAUAUUUGUACCGAUGAGGUUUUAGCUGGAAAUCGACCAACCGAGCAUUUGAAUGCUAUUGGGUAUGACAACUUAUACACCAAGUUCAAUGAAAAAACAAAAAAAGGUUACAAUCAUGAGCAAUUUAAAAGUAAGUGGGAGUCAUUGAAGAAAGACUACCAGACAUGGAAGGCAUUGAUGGAUAGUGAAGAUGAUCUUGGGCAGGAUCCUAAAAUGAAUACAAUAUCUGCAAGCCCAGAAUGGUGGGCGAAAAAGAUGGAGGCAAUGCCGGAUUGUGGCAAGUUCCGUUCUGCACCACUCGAGAAUGUUGAUCUUCUAAAUAUAAUGUUCGAGGAUAUGCUGGAUUCAAGUUCAACAACACCUGAAGUUAAUUUGGCAGUCAAUACAACUAUCGAAAGUGAGCAUGGUGCUAGAGAUGGAAAUGAUAUGCGCAUCAUUGAUAAGGAUGUUAAUGAGCAAUCUAAAGAGGCAAUGUUACAAAAAUCUUGUAACAAAGAAUCUAACUCAACGAAGCCCAAUACCAUUUGCGUGCAUGAUCAUCUUGUUAACUUAGAUGAGAAUGUGAACCCUGGAAAAUCUGCAACAUCUAUGAGGAUCGAUCGAGUAGGAAGCAAUAUUUCUGAGAUCAUGGAGUUAGUUGUAGAUGCUGGAGUCGAGGAGGGCACUGAUGAACAUUUCAUUGCUACCGAAUUAUUUAUUAGACCAGAAUAUCGUGAAAUGUUUCUUACCCUAAAGACCCCUCGAGGAAGAAUUGGGUGGCUUAAAAAGAUGUGCCAAGUGAAGAAAUAGCAUUAGGAUCCUAGAUCAAGUGUAGCUGAUGUUAAAUCUCUAAAAAACAAUUUGUGCCUGUUGUUAUCAUGAGACCAUUUAAAAGUUAUGUACUAAUUUAAUGCUACUUUAUUUUA